AUGUUUAACCAGCGCCAGUGGGAGCAGCUGAAUGCUUUUGCCAACUCGUUUGGCGGGUCUGCUCCCUCGCAAAGCCAGCACCAGGUCCAGGAAUCUCGUUCCUUCCACGGCGGCAAUCAGCAUUCAAUUCCCCAUGCGCAUCAGCAGCAGCCGCAACACAACCACAAUGCGGCUGUCCACCACCACUUCCAGCAGCAGCAGCAGCAGCAGCAACACCAUUUCCACCACCACCAACAGCAACAGCAGCAGCAACAACAGCAGUAUGGCUUCUCGCAACAGGAUGAAUGGUCAGGGUUUGGAAUGCAGGCAUCUCAUGCGCCCUCGGCAGCGGCCUACUCGACAGAGAGCCACCCAAGCAUAAAGCGUGAGCUCAGCAUGUCUGGAGACAUGGACUGGACCCCGAACACCGACUACAGCAAUGGCUUCCAGCCUGAUGGGUUUGGCGCAGUCCAGAAUGGCGGGGCCAUGGACUUCACUAACAUGGGCUCUUUCAACGACAAUGGAGCCAAUACGUUUGGGCACACCAAUGGAGAGCAAACGGGUGCGGGCAAUCGGAAUAGCGGCGGUGUUGGCCGGCUGGUUGCUCAUUUUGAGAACAAGAACCCGAGUCCUCCUCCUAUGCUGCCACCUCGACCGUCAAAUUCGGUCACGAGUCCCAUUGCGACCAACAAUCAUCUGCACCAUCAAAAUCAUCAGGAACAGCCCACGUCUUCCUUUGGUAGCUUCAAUGCAUCCGCACCGAGCAACUCAUUUAACAGCAACUCCUUCAACAGCAACCGCUUUCCUGGUUCUAUCGAGACCAAUUUUGGCUCUUUCGGCGGUCAUCAGUCGCGUGUGACGAGUCCCAUUGCCACGAGCCCUCCUCCUAUGAAUUAUGGCAGCUUUCAAGACGCCUCUCGUGUCACCAGCCCGACCACUAAUGCUCCUAUCGGAGAUCCUUUUGAGAGUCUUGAUUUCAUGACCGCUAAUCAAAUGAACCAUGGGCAUCACAUGACAACCAGUUCCAUGGUUGGCUCCCCUGCUCCAACAACACCCGGUACAGGAUUGACGGCUGGUACUCCUGGCUUUGCAAUCUGGCGGCCCCCCGACUCGCAACACGUUCAGCAGCAUCAGUCACCAGCUGCACACCCUCAGCUCCAGCAGAAGAUUCAGACACAGAAUCUGCAGCCCAGCCCGAAUCCCAAAACCCCAUUCAGCCAAGCAAAUAGCCCCAAUGGGUAUUUCCGACCUCCUGUCCCUACUACUCCGAAACCACCAAUGCCAAUUGGAAACCAGUUCAUCCUGGAGUUGAAUCCUGGCUCCAAAACCAAGGGAAAAGCACCGGCCAAGCCACCCAAGCCCCGUGCGCCAAAGCCCGCCGCCUCUUCUUAUAGCACAACUGUGAAGGAAGAGCCUUCCACCCCCCAGAUGUCAGAAGUCCCUUCGACAUCUAAUGCGUUUUCGAUGAUGAGUGGUGAUGCGGUUGCAUCUCGCCCUCCGCCAAUCAACCGGCCUUCCAGGGAGCAAGUUCCUGCUGAGGCUUGGGAAGGAUUCAAGACCACUAUCCGGGAUCUUUAUCUGGAACAGCGGAAGCCGCUCAAAGAGGUCAUGUCUAUCAUGGCCGACAAGUACAAUUUUCAGGCAACUCCCAAGAUGUACAAGACUCGCUUCUCCCAGUGGGGUUUUGUGAAGAACAAUACCGAGGACGAAGUCAAACGUUUGCUGUCCAUGAAGUUCCAACGUGAUGCCGAGGGCAAAGUAUCCGAGUUUGUUCGAAACGGGAAGAUUGUUAAUCUGGGUACUUACUUGAAGCGAAAGGGAGUGACGGAAUAUGAUUUGGUCGACUUCGAACUCCCCGCCGAUCUUCCCUCGCACGUUCGCUGCCGGACACCGACCCCGCCACCUGCGCCAGAAUAUCUCAAAUCACCAGAUCUCUUGAGAGCGCAGGAACUAAUCGUCGGCAACACGAGGAAAGCCUUCUUGCAGGGCCGACAGGUGGAACUGGAGAUUGAGCACCAGGUCGGAUGGGCUUCCAUCAUGGUUUGGGGUGCACCUUCGAGCAAUGCGCUAAAUGAAGCCAACUUCUUCUUCGAAGCUGGCGAUGUCGAACAAGGCGGCAAGUCUCUGAUGGGUGCUUUCAACCAGCUUGAGGUCGACUUGAGGCAGCUUUCGCCACUGGGCCUUAUUGAGGUGAUUCUUGGAAUGGUCCGCAGAGACCCGGGGUUGAUGACUGCCCUGUCCAAGUUUGUAUCUGCUUUUGCCACGACGAAUUAUGAGCGAGCCCACCCAUUGCGAUGUAUCUUUAACUGCCUUUACGAGAUGCAGCAGAAGCACGGUGCUGUGACAUUGUCGGAUAUGCUCUGGGCCAGCACCCCUCUCAUCGCAGAUGAGCUCGAAGCCAUCUAUGGACACCGACACCCAUAUGUGACUCGAACCUUGAUUGAUCUUGCCUUGGUGCAUGGUCACAAAAACCCGGAGCGCUUGGAAAAACUGGUUCUCGAAUUACGGGUUCUUCACCGCCAGAUGGAGCAGCAAGCUGGAGCCGAUAAUGGGGAUCUCAUGUCCCUCCGCUUUGCCAUAGCCCAGCUGCUGUAUGCAGCCAACAGCGAGUCGGAUGCCUCGAAGCAAUCUGCAAACGACCUCUGGAAGGAGAUGAAGAAGAUGAACCUGGUUUUCCGUGUACGGGAUGCACGCUCCAACACGUAUUGUUAUCACUGCCCCGUGAAGGUGGACCCCUAUACGAAGCGUUGUCGCCGGCAAUACGAUUCGGUCGUCGAACUACUCGAGAAGCAUGCGGGAGUCAAAGUUCUCCCCUACUUUGAAGAAGACCACCACCUGCAUACACACGAGUCGGACGCUCAGGAUUCUUGGGCUUCCGCCAUGAGCCAGUCUAUGAGCCAGCCCAUGGGAGGCACGAGCAGAUGGGGCGGAUUCAUCUAA